AUGUCUCCAGCCCGUCAACGUCAUGCGCGGUCAUCAUACCCAAUUCGGUCGAGAUUGACCGGGAUCGCGUCCACCCUGCGGCAGCGGGCCAAUAACAAGCCUUCUAUCGCCGAUAAAGCCGCCAAUCAGCAGUAUCUCACCCAGCGAGAGGAGCAAGCCCUGGUUGAAUAUGUCUUGCGGUUGGCAGACAACGGCUACCUGCUUCCUGUCAAGUUUCUACGAUCGGUCGCCUUGAUCGUCGUGCGCCGACGAUCCUCGAAUUUCCAGAUCACAGACCCUGGCCUUGAGAUCCGUCCUCCGGGAAAGAAUUGGCCGCAGGGUUUUUACCGUUAA